CUAAUGUAAUUUGAGAGUGCAAUAGAUAGAUAAGGAGUCGCCUACCGUUCCUUCGCUCGUUCUCCACCUCUGCGCAGCUCUCUCUCUCUCUCUCACUCCCGGCUAGCAAAUGCACACGAGCACGAUCCCUUGUGGCAGCUCGUUUCUUCAGGUUGGUUUCGCCCGUGAAAAUGGCAGCGGUCUUGGCCGUAGAUUCCCCCCUCCAAGAAGGAAGCCGCUCCUCCCGCGGGCCAGCGCCGCCUCUGAUCCUCUCUUGGUUCAGGCUGCUAGGGGAAAUCCUGUCAGUAGGCCACCGGCAUGGAUGAUGCGGCAAGCAGGAAGGUAUAUGGCUGCUUACAGAAAGCUUGCAGAGAAACAUCCAUCCUUCAGAGAGAGGUCAGAGACAGUCGAUCUCAUUGUGGAAAUUUCUUUGCAGCCUUGGAGAGCCUUUGGUCCUGAUGGAGUUAUAAUAUUCUCAGACAUACUUACUCCACUACCAGCAUUUGGUGUUCCCUUUGAGAUAGAGGAAGUUAAAGGUCCAAUUAUCCAGUCCCCUAUUUGCUCUGAAGAAGGGUUAAAGGCAUUGCACCCUAUUGACUUUGAGAAGCUGAAUUUUGUUGGGGAUUCAUUAAAAAUCUUGCGCCAGGAGGUUGGAGACAGUGCUGCAGUUCUAGGCUUUGUUGGUGCACCAUGGACAAUUGCAACUUAUAUUGUGGAAGGGGGCACAACCCGAACAUAUACCACCAUAAAACGCAUGUGUCAUACUGCACCACAUGUCCUGAUUGCUCUUCUCUCUCAUUUAACGAGGGCAAUUUCUGAAUAUAUUAUUUUCCAAAUAAAAUCCGGUGCACAGUGUAUACAAAUAUUUGAUUCAUGGGGAGGACAACUGCCUCCUACUGUGUGGGAACAGUGGUCAAAACCAUAUAUCGAGGAGAUAGUGAGUGCUGUAAAGAAAAAAUACCCUGAAAUACCUCUGGUUUUGUACAUAAAUGGCAAUGGUGGACUUCUUGAGCGCAUGACAGGUACCGGAGUUGAUGUUAUUGGGCUAGACUGGACAGUAGAUAUGGCCGAUGGAAGGAGGCGGCUUGGCAGUGAGAUCAGUGUGCAGGGAAAUGUUGACCCUGCCUAUCUCUUUUCCCCAUUGCCAGUCUUGACUGAUGAAAUCCACAGGGUUGUUAGAUGUGCUGGGAGAAGAGGACACAUCCUUAACUUAGGCCAUGGUGUUCUUGUGAAGACACCAGAAGAAGCCGUCGCGCAUUUCUUUGAUGUUGUGAGAGGUUUGAGAUAUGACUCUCUGUUUGCAGAGAGUUUAACUGGAGAGUUAAAGCCAGUGGCUUAAAAGCUGAAAAUUUGGGUUACAUGUAACAUUAUCAUCUACACCAUUUGGUCGUAAUCUCCCUAAUCAAUGUUUGAUGAUGGGAAUGAACUUUCAUCCUCUUUGUGUAACCUUUUUUUUCAGUUCUCUCAUUGUUCCUGUAAUAAUAAGUGGCAUUCCGGUUUUGUUAUAUGAAGUGUAUCUUAUUUUUUCCGGCAA